UUGAAAAUGACGCACACAGUUGAAAGGUCAACAUUGGAAAAAUGGCUGCCCCUAAAGCAAGCAGAGUGGUGUUGAAGGCUGUGAAGAAAAUUGUAAUACAGUUUUGUCCUUUUGAGUCGAAUGUUCGUUCUACAAGAGAGUUCCUUACCCGUGUUGCCUCAGAAAAAUCCCUAUCUACAAAUAAGAACUGCGAGCUGAAGACACAUGUGAAGCAUGACAGAUCUGAGCCCACUAUUGACAUAACCUUCAUCGAUGGAGAUAAGUUGCUAAUGAAAGGAGCACACCUGACCAGUGCAGAAAUGCUGUUGGCUCUUCAGUCGAGAUGUCGAGCCAAAGACCCUCAGACCCUUCAGGGGUAGCCAGGACCAGUAGCCAGGACCUUUGUUCUUUAUUUGAGUGUGUGUAUUUGUGUGCGUACAUAUAAAAUCCUGAUUUGUUUAAAUAAAGAGAUUUUAAGUGAAA